CCUCCACACCACCACUCAAUUAAUAAUCCCAAAUAGAUGAACAAUCCAAACCAGAAAUUCCUAAAACUACACCUUUCUAUAUAGACCAUAUUCAAAGAUCGUACGGUUAAUAAUCCUUAUGGGCGCUGAUCAUGCGGUAGUUUUCAAGAGAAAAUCCAAGAAAAUGGAUCAUCAUCAUCUUCAAUCCAAGAAAGUCGACCUUGAUGGGAUUCUUAAUGAUCAGACGACCGAAAUAAGCAAAGGGAACUAUAAACGGUAUUCUUUAGUGUCGUUCUGCGAGCUACCGGAGUAUAUGAAGGAUAACGAGUUUAUACUGAGUUAUUACAGAGCUAAUUGGCCUCUCAAAGAAGCUCUCUUUAGUAUCUUUCGUUGGCAUAAUGAAACCCUUAAUGUCUGGACGCAUCUAUUUGGAUUUUUACUGUUUCUGGGGUUAACUGUGGCCAAUAUAAUGCAAGUUCCUGAGGUAGCAGAUCUUCUCGGCCUGUUUACCAGGUCAAUCCUUACAAGUGGAGAGGCAAAUAUUUCCUGUAACUCUAAGGAUUUCCAGUUGGGCUCUACCAAACUUCUUGAUUUAAAGCAUAUAAACCAUACAAAAACAGAAAUUACACCACUGCCCGGAACUCCAGCGACCCGGUGGCCAUUCUACGUAUUUUUAGGCGGUUCAAUGUUCUGCCUCCUCUCAAGUAGCGUUUGCCACCUCUUUUCUUGCCAUUCACAUAACCUAAACAUUUUCUUGUUACGUAUAGAUUAUGUUGGAAUCACUAUAAUGAUUAUUACCUCAUUUUUCCCUCCAAUUUAUUACAUAUUCCAAUGUGAAACACAUUGGCACUACGUAUACCUUAUUGGCAUAACGGCAAUGGGAAUGUUCACAAUUGUAACACUCCUUUCUCCAUCGCUGUCGGCCGGAAAAUUUCGCGCUUUUCGAGCUCUUUUAUUUUCUUCAAUGGGAUUUUUUGGGAUAAUUCCUGCAAUCCAUGCUACAAUUGUGAAUUGGUCAAAUCCGAAGCGUAAUAUGAUCUUAGCGUAUGAAUCAUCUAUGGCAUUAUUUUAUUUGACUGGUACGGGUUUUUAUGUUAGCCGGAUUCCGGAGAGGUUGAAGCCGGGAUGGUUUGAUCUUGCGGGGCAUAGCCAUCAAAUUUUUCAUGUAUUUGUUGUAUUGGGAGCAUUAGCUCAUUAUGCUGCUACACUUCUAUUUUUGGAGUAUCGUGACCGUGUAGGUUGUUAGCUAAUUAAUUAUAGUAAAUAAUAUUUAUGUAUUAUAAGAAUAUUUGCAUGUUGUUAUAAGGUGGGAUUUGUAUGUGAUGCCUAUAAGUGGCGAAUAUUUUUUAUUCAUUAUUAAACCAGAAAAAAAAAGGGAAAAUGAUUAUGUAA